AUGACGAUGAUGGAUGAUUUGGAAGGAGUAAACUUAUCGAAAUGCUUGGUUUCAUGGUAUGAAGAUGGUGACGAUGGUUGUGAUGGUGAUUAUGAAGAUGAUGACGAUGGCUGUCAUGGUGAUCAUGAAGAUGGUGACGAUGGUUGUGAUGGUGAUAAUGAAGAUGAUGACGAUGGUUGUGAUGGUGAUCAUAAAGAUGGUGAGGAUGGUUGUAGUGAUGGUGAUAAUGAAGAUGGUGACGAUGGUUGUGAUGGUGAUCAUGGAAAUGAUGACGAUGGCUGUCAUGGUGAUCAUGAAGAUGGUGACGAUGGUUGUGAUGGUGAUAAUGAAGAUGAUGACGAUGGUUGUGAUGGUGAUUAUGAAGAUGGUGACGAUGGCUGUGAUGGUGAUAAUGAGGAUGGUGACGAUGGUUGUGAUGGUGAUUAUGAAGAUGGUGACGAUGGUUGUGAUGGUGAUCAUGGAAAUGAUGACGAUGGCUGUCAUGGUGAUCAUGAAGAUGGUGACGAUGGUUGUGAUGGUGAUAAUGAAGAUGAUGACGAUGGUUGUGAUGGUGAUUAUGAAGAUGGUGACGAUGGCUAUGAUGACGAUGGCUGUGAUGGUGAUCAUGAAGAUGGUGAUAAUGAAGAUGGGGAAGAUGGCUGUGGUGAUAAUGAAGAUUAUGAAGAUGGUUGUGAUGGUGAUAAUGAAGAUGGUGACGAUGGCUGUGAUGGUGAUAAUGAAGAUGGGGAAGAUGGCUGUGAUGGUGAUUAUGAAGAUGAUGAAGAUGGAUGUGAUGGUGACGAUGGCUGUGAUGGUGAUAAUGAAGAUGGUGACGAUGGUUGUGAUGGUGAUAAUAAAGAUGAUGACGAUGGUUGUGAUGGUGAUAAUGAAAAUGGUGACGAUGGCUGUGAUGGUGAUCAUGAAGAUGGUGACGAUGGUUGUGAUGGUGAUUAUGAAGAUGGUGACGAUGGCUGUGAUGGUGAUCAUGAAGAUGGUGACGAUGGUUGUGAUGGUGAUAAUGAAGAUGGUGACGAUGGUUGUGAUGGUGAUAAUGAAGAUGGGGAAGAUGGCUGUGAUGGUGAUUAUGAAGAUGAUGAAGAUGGCUGUGAUGGUGAGAAUGAAGAUGGUGAUGAUGGCUGUGAUGGUGAUCAUGAAGAUGGUGACAAUGGCUGUGAUGAUGGUGACGAUGGCUGUGAUGGUGAUAAUGAAGAUGGUGACGAUGGCUGUGAUGGUGAUAAUGAAGAUGGUGACAAUGGCUGUGAUGGUGAUGAUGGAGAUGGUGACGAUGGCUGUGAUGGUGAUAAUGAAGAUGGUGACGAUGGUUGUGAUGGUGAUAAUGAAGAUGGUGACAAUGGCUGUGAUGGUGAUAAUGAAGAUGGUGACAAUGGCUGUGAUGGUGAUAAUGAAGAUGGUGACAAUGGCUGUGAUGGUGAUAAUGAAGAUGGUGACGAUGGUUGUGAUGGUGAUUAUGAAGUUGGUGACGAUGGUUGUGAUGGUGAUAAUGAAGAUGGUUGUGAUGGUGAUUAUGAAGUUGGUGACGAUGGCUGUGAUGGUGAUCGUGAAGAUGGUGAGGAUGGUUGUAGUGAUGGUGAUAAUGAAGAUGGUGACGAUGGUGAUUAUGAAGAUGGUGUCGAUGGUUGUGAUGGUGAUUAUGAAGUUGGUGACAAUGGUUGUGAUGGUGAUGAAGAUGGUUGUGAUGGUUUUGAUGGUGAUGAUGAAGAUGGUGAGGAUGGUUAUAGUGAUGGUGAUAAUGAAGAUGGUGACGAUGGUUGUGAUGGUGAUCAUGAAAAUGAUGACGAUGGCUGUCAUGGUGAUCAUGAAGAUGGUGACGAUGGUUGUGAUGGUGAUAAUGAAGAUGAUGACGAUGGUUGUGAUGGUGAUUAUGAAGAUGGUGACGAUGGCUGUGAUGGUGAUAAUGAAGAUGGUGACGAUGGUUGUGAUGGUGAUAAUGAAGAUGGUGACGAUGGCUGUCAUGGUGAUCAUGAAGAUGGUGACGAUGGUUGUGAUGGUGAUGAAGAUGGUUGUGAUGGUUUUGAUGGUGAUGAUGAAGAUGGUGAGGAUGGUUGUAGUGAUGGUGAUAAUGAAGAUGGUGACGAUGGUUGUGAUGGUGAUCAUGAAAAUGAUGACGAUGGCUGUCAUGGUGAUCAUGAAGAUGGUGACGAUGGUUGUGAUGGUGAUAAUGAAGAUGAUGACGAUGGUUGUGAUGGUGAUUAUGAAGAUGGUGACGAUGGCUGUGAUGGUGAUAAUGAAGAUGGUUGUGAUGGUGAUGAUGAAGAUGGUGACGAUGGCUGUCAUGGUGAUCAUGAAGAUGGUGACGAUGGUUGUGAUGGUGAUAAUAAAGAUGAUGACGAUUGUUGUGAUGGUGAUAAUGAAGAUGGUGACGAUGGCUGUGAUGGUGAUUAUGAAGAAAAAAGUAUGAUAAUGCAGAUUAUGUUCUUUGGAUAG